CUCCCUCGGUGGUUACAGUUUAGGUAGAGACAUUCCACACAACACUGUAUAUUGGACUAUAACUGAGCACCACAGAAAUGCCACAAUCUAAGUGAUUUUGAAAACACAAUAGAAAGUGAGGAAAACCUGCAGUGCAGACAAAGAGCAGUCAGCGAGCUGCCUGCAGAGACGCACAAACUUCCCAACAUCUGGUCUGCUGGAGGACGGGGCGAGCCGGAGAGAGACACUUUGUAGGCGGAGAGAAAACUAUCUUCGCUGGAGAAAUAUGCAUUGAAUCGGGCGCUCUGGGCACCUACAUGAGCCGAAGAGCGAUUUGGUGGUCGUGUAGGGUGACAAUAGUGGAGGGAUAGAGAGGACAGAAAGGGUCUCCGAGUGCGAGAAGUCCACCUGGAGCGGUCAGAGAAUGAAUUAGCCGAAGGUUUGGCUGCACCGUUUCCCAGCCAGAGAGAAGGCUCACUCCUUGGCCCCGCCACCUCCUUCCAUAAGAGCCAGGCCUACGCCCAUGGAUGAGGAGAGGAGUGCCCCUGCCAUCUCCCCAGAGCCACCUGAUGAGGGGGACCCCAGUCUACCAGCUCCACAACCCAAGUCACACGCAACCUCGACAGAAGAGAGAGAAAACAGCUGCCCGAUCCCAAAGCCCUGUCCUAGUCCAGAUGUGGCCCACACCUAUACUGAGCCCCUCAUAUUGAGGUUGAAUGGCACCCCAGAAAGGUUGCAAGGCGAUGAUGGAGACAAGUGGAGCAGAAUCCUCUCACACUCUGAGCUUACAACACCCAGCAAGAGCAUCACAUCUCAACCAGCAGCCAGAUCCACGCCCAGCCACCAUACCCAGCCAUGUCGGACACAGCCCAGCAGCAAACUACGCAACGGAGCCAAGCACCACACACACUCCUCUCACACGCACUGUACGCAUCACACGCACACGCACACGCCUCACACGCACACCCUCCGGUCCAACGGGGUCAGGAACGGAGGCCCUCGUGAGCAUCCUAAGCUCAGUUCCCUCCCGAGAGGCGGCUCAUCCACCUCCUCGUCCUCUUCAGCGGGACCCAAACACACCAAGAAAUUGCGGUCCAACCCCUCCAUCACCUCCCAGAGCAGCAAGAGAAGCAAGAGCAGCUCCAAGAGCAACAACUCUCAGCUUCCCACAGAAUCACAGGACGACUGCUGUGUUCACUGUAUUCUGGCCUGCCUCUUUUGUGAGUUCCUAACUCUGUGUAACAUCGUCCUGGACUGCGCCACCUGCGGCUCCUGCGCGGGGGACGACUCGUGUUUCUGCUGCUGCUGUGCGUCGGAGGAGUGUGGCGACUGUGACCUACCCUGUGACAUGGACUGUGGCAUCAUUGAUGCCUGCUGUGAGUCUGCAGACUGCCUUGAGAUCUGCAUGGAGUGCUGCAGCCUUUGCUUCUCCUCCUGAGGGCCCCAACCACCACCACAGGGGGGGGGGGCAAAGUAGAUGUCAGCUACACACUCCCACAAGCCCAGGAACAACUUUGACCCGUGUCUUAUCAGAGCUGAGAAGUGCUUCAUCCAGCCUUGGUUUACACUAUAUUGCCUGGCCUAGUUGGCUCCACGAUAUGUCCAAUGUUUCUUACAAGGUUUGCCAGGCAAAAGAUGCUGAGAGCAGUCACUGGUGAAUUCGUCCCUCUUUUAUUGAUCAAACGACAGGACAGAAGCUUCCCUGCUUUGUCUUUGCUGUCAGUCCAUUGCUGCACAGCUGGAUGUAUGGGGCAGAGUGAGUUCCAGCUGUGGUCUACGAGUGUCUGCCAGGCUGUGCGGACCGGGCCUUUGGACCCUCACAGAACGAGCUAUUAAUACAAUGGAGCCCCUUGUGCCAUCUGAGUGACUGGAGUUCUUCAAGCAUGAAAAAUGACCUCCAAAGGCAAAUGAGAGAAUGGCUCCAGUUAACCGGAUUUUAGUGUUUCUGUAGAUAAGAACGGCAGCAUAAUGGGAAAAUGGACGCUCAGAUCUCAGUAGAAAUGUAGUCUGUCCUCCUGUCCUUGGCAAGGUUAAAGUCUUCCAGUUUGAUUGCAUACAGUGGCCUUUGUGACACACACACCCUUACGGGACGAUGUUGAAUCCACCGCUUGUUCUUGUUGCAACGUAGAGGAAACAUUAAUGGUGGCUUGUGGCAAUAUUACAAUAUUUCUUUUGUUCAUAUGAUCUCACUUAACAGACUUAUUCAGAGAAAAAUCAUGAGAGCGUCGUGCAUCAGCCUGAAGAUGGGUCCAAUUCUAUAAGUACUGUAGGUGGCGGACAUCAGAGUGAAUGGUUGAUAGCAUCUGUCUUGGACACAUUCUCUACUCUUAACAUGUGAAGGGAGAGAGUUCUUAAUCAAAGGUCUCUCCUCGUUUAAUGUUUCACAUCUUGUUGACUUUUACAUUGUUUAUUUUGAGGGGCUUCGGCUGUAUUCAGUGAAUUCCUCCUCGUCUGAAUCGUCAGAGCUGGUGACGGACUGGUAGAGGAUUGGAAGUCAUCAUCUCUUUUUUAAUACGUUUCAUUUCUCUUUGUCGUUCUUGCUAUGUGAACAAAUGGCCUUGGCUUAGCUUAAGGCCUGAAUUUUCAAGUAGAUUCCUCGCCUUUACCAAAUCUCUAUUAAUCCUUGUUUUGUAGAUUUUAGUUAAGAUAUUUGCAUUUCUCCUCUAAUGUGAAAAUCACAUUUCUGUGUUAUCGGGUUUCGCCGGGCUCUCUGUAAAGCAGACAUUGCUCAACAUCUAAUUUAAUUCCUUGAGUGAAAAUCUCACGACACUACGCUAAGAUAGAUCCAUAUGCUCGUAGUGUGAAUGGUACGCUUUUGAUAACAGGACCGCACUCUCGUAUGCUCAGAUGCAUACCUUCUCCAACCCAAUACCUCUUGAGAUGACACCUAGAUCUGUUGUGCAUUUUAAAAUUACUUGAUACAAAUCUCUCUCCUCUCUGAUCCAAUACUGUUUGUGCAAUCCCUUUUCUCUUGGAAAUACCAAAGAGUUUUUUCCUCUUACUGGACUUUAGUUUCUAGACCUACAAUUACUUUUACUUUAAAGGGUCUUUGCUUUGCUUAUGUGGCUGUGGUUGAUUAAACCCUAUUUUAAGGGCUGAACUAUAACACUGUUGAUAUGAAUAUACACUAAGGCUGUAAAUUAACCUGAUAACACCGAAACAGGAAAAGCAAGUUUUCAGAAAACAACAAAUGCAACUUGAGAAGAUAUUAUGACUCUUUAUGUCAGUUUAUAUCAGAGUGGACGUGUUUCAAGUGUUGACACAUGUUCAAAACUAAACUGAGACAAAAUCCUGGAGAGCCCUGGAAAACGAUGCAAUUUUUUUUACAGUAUAAAGAGAUUUAUGAAGGGAGAACUGGACUUUAUAAUGUUGUGUAUUGACGGGAUAACAAUGUCAUCUGUUUAGAUUUACAACAUAUUCCAAGUGCAGAUUUUGACAGCGUUGCUUCAUCGAAGGACACGUUCUCUGUCAUCAGACCAGGCUUGUCACAAAAAGGAAUAUGGGUGGACUGUGAUACAUUUCUGGGGGGGUUGCUAGUUUGAAACCAAAAUAAAAAGAAGAAGAACAACCCCUUAUUAGUCCCACAGUGGGGACAUUUAUC